UACAACUAUACACAUCUUAAGUUCUCUCAUUCUCAACCUAUCCUAGCACAUUAGUUCCUUCCCUUAACAAAUUAAGCUAUUGAGCUUAAUUUACUUAGUUUCAAACCUCUCCUUUUAACUUCGAUCACUUGAAAUAACUCAUUCCAUAGCCAUAUUUCAUGAUGGACUCACACAAGCAACUAUUUUCCCUCUCAUGUCUUCCCCUACUACUUCUACUUCUCUCAGGAAACAUGGGUAUGCAAUUAAGCGAGGCUCGCUUGCAACGCCAUGAGAUGAAUUAUUAUUCUCCGAAAACGUUGUUCGUUUUUGGGGACUCGUAUGUUGAUACCGGGAACUAUAGAAUAAAUCAAGCUGGUUCGUCGUGGAAAAACCCUUAUGGCGAAACUUUUCCCGGAAAACCAGCCGGAAGAUUCUCCGAUGGAAGAGUUCUAACCGACUACAUUGCUAAGUAUUUGGGACUCAAAUCACCAGUUCCCUAUAAAUUUAGGAAAGUGAUGCAGCAACAUUUGAAAUACGGGAUGAAUUUUGCAUUUGGUGGUACGGGAGUGUUUGACACAUCCUCCAAAAAUCCAAACAUGACAAUCCAAAUCGAUUUCUUCAAGCAAUUGAUCAAAGAAAAUGUGUACACCACCUCAGAUCUCAACAACUCAGUCGUCUAUGUCUCCGUUGCUGGAAAUGAUUACAAUUUCUACUUGGCCACAAAUGGCUCUAUUGAGGGUUUCCCGGCUUUCAUCGCCUCAGUGGUUAAUCAAACUGCCACCAACUUGCUUCGCAUCAAAAGUUUGGGAGUGAGGAAAAUUGUUGUAGGUGGUCUACAACCCCUAGGAUGUCUUCCUUCAUCCACAGCCACAUCUUCAUUCCAACAAUGUAACAGCACCUCCAACGACCUCGUAGUUCUCCACAACAACCUAUUGAACCAAGCUGUGACCAAGUUGAACCAACAAACCAACAAGGAUAACUCCACCUUCAUAGUUCUUGACCUUUUUGACACUUUCACGUCUGUGUUGAACCACCCAUCUACCAAUAACAUUAAGGACCCUCUCAAGCCUUGUUGCGUAGGGUUAAGUAGCCAAGAUUUUUGUGGGAAAGUGGAUGAGAACAAUGUUAAGCAAUAUAAGGUUUGUGACAGUCCCAAAUCAGCUUUCUUUUGGGAUAACUUGCACCCAACUCAAGCAGGUUGGGAAGCUGUGUAUAAGAAGUUGCAAAAGACGAGUGCUCUUCAUCAAAUCCGGUACUAGCUUGCUAGCUAGCUAGAGAGCUAUGCAUGCAUGAUAGCUAUUUCUAGGCCUUUUGUUUGUUGUUAAUAAUGCACCGUCUUUCCAUUUGUUAAUUUAUCCUCAAAUUCUGAUUUUUUUAUAUUUAUUCCAAGGGCUUUCUCUUCCAUGGGUGCAAUGUUUCAAAUUGAUUGUUCUUUCCUGUGACGGAAAUAGAAAUAAGUUUGUAUGUCAGCGAUCAUCUGUUUUGCAAUUAUUGUUAGAAUAAAAUAUGAAUUUGGUUCCUGUA